CAGUGGCUCAUCAGGCUCGCCGCUUUGGCUGGGUGAUUCGGGCAGAGAACUACAAAGCCCAGGGGUCCGGAGCGCAGCGACUGACUGAUCAAUUGGGAGCUACUCGGAUGGUGUUAAAGUGGCUCUUUGUCUGCAGGGGGCUCCAGGGUGGUCGCUGAAUUGGGAGGUGUGCAUCGGGCGGGGGUAGCGCAGGUGUCUGAAAGAAGAUGAAUUUGGCCGAGAUUUGUGAGAAUGCAAAGAAAGGCCGGGAAUAUGCGCUUCUGGGGAAUUAUGACUCGUCAAUGGUGUAUUACCAGGGAGUGAUACAGCAGAUCCAGAGACACUGCCAGUCACUGAGAGACCCGGCCACCAAAGCCAAGUGGCAGCAGGUGCGGCAGGAACUCUUGGAAGAAUAUGAACAGGUUAAGAGUAUUGUCAGCACUUUAGAAAGCUUUAAGAUGGACAAGCCCCCUGACUUCCCCGUGUCCUGUCGAGAUGAAACAUUUAGAGAUCCGGCAGUAUGGCCGCCCCCGGUCCCUGCGGAGCACAGAGCACCACCUCAAAUCAGGCGUCCCAAUCGAGAAGUGAGGCCUCUGCGGAAAGACAUGGGGGCAGGAGCCCGGGGACUCGUGGGCCGAGCACAUCAGAUAUCGAAGAGUGACAAACCCGCAAGUCGGGACAAGGACUAUAGAGCAAGAGGGAGAGACGACAAGGCAAGGAAAAAUAUGCAAGAUGGUGCAAGUGACGGUGAGAUUCCCAAGUUUGAUGGUGCUGGGUAUGAUAAGGACCUGGUGGAAGCCCUGGAGAGGGACAUUGUGUCCAGGAACCCUAGCAUUCACUGGGAUGACAUAGCAGACCUGGAGGAAGCUAAGAAGUUGCUCCGGGAAGCUGUUGUCCUGCCCAUGUGGAUGCCUGACUUUUUCAAAGGGAUUAGAAGGCCAUGGAAGGGUGUGCUGAUGGUUGGCCCUCCAGGCACUGGUAAGACUAUGCUGGCUAAAGCUGUUGCCACUGAAUGUGGGACAACCUUUUUCAAUGUCUCCUCCUCUACCCUGACAUCUAAGUACAGAGGUGAAUCUGAGAAGUUGGUCCGUCUGUUGUUUGAAAUGGCCAGGUUCUAUGCCCCGACCACGAUCUUCAUUGAUGAAAUAGAUUCUAUCUGCAGUCGAAGAGGGACAUCUGAUGAGCAUGAAGCAAGCCGCAGAGUCAAGUCUGAGCUCCUCAUCCAGAUGGAUGGAGUUGGAGGAGCCUUAGAAAACGAUGACCCAUCCAAAAUGGUGAUGGUCCUGGCUGCUACGAACUUCCCAUGGGACAUCGAUGAAGCUUUGCGCAGGAGGCUAGAGAAAAGGAUCUACAUCCCUCUACCGACAGCAAAAGGAAGAGCGGAGCUCCUGAAGAUCAGCCUUCGGGAGGUGGACCUGGACCCUGACAUCCACCUGGAGGACAUCGCGGACAAGACUGAGGGCUACUCGGGUGCUGACAUAACUAACAUUUGCAGGGACGCUUCUUUGAUGGCAAUGAGGCGGCGCAUCAAUGGCUUGAGUCCAGAAGAGAUCCGGGCCCUGUCCAAGGAGGAGCUGCAGAUGCCUGUCACCAGAGGGGACUUGGAGUUGGCGCUUAAAAAAAUCGCCAAGUCUGUCUCAGCGGCAGACCUGGAGAAGUACGAAAAGUGGAUGGUUGAGUUUGGGUCUGCGUAAUUGGUCAGCUCUUCCAUUUCUGGGAGUUUUCUUUAUGAAAUGUGAAGAAAUUCCUGAAAUUAAAAAAAAAAAUCUGGAAUUUUUAAUCAGAGAAAUCUUCACUUAAAGGCCAAAACAAAACAAAAAUGCCUAGAGGUACAGAGAAAUGUAGUUGAGAAAUGAGAGGUGCUCAUAGAGCCUGUUGGCUUUGGGCUACCAAACCUCAUACUUGUGGUACAGGAUAAGCAAGCCAGUGGCCCAGGCUGAAGGGGUGGCUCUGUGUGGGGAAGGCCUUGUUUACAAAGCAUUGGCAAGGUUUUCUUGCGCACACUUGCAUUGACUGUUUGGAAUUGUCACUUUGAGUGGAAUGAUCGUGAGUUCUUCAGGAAAUAAUGAUCUUUAAGUCUGUAGAAUCUAGUACUUCCUGUUAGAGUCUGAAAUGUAAUUAGUAUACUCACUCCUCUUAGCUUACCAGUUCCUCGUUAGCUGCUGCCUGACCUCCAUCAGGGAAGAGGCUCUGACCAAUGACUCCUUAGACCUUUGCCGAGUGUUCCCCUGGCCUGUAGUCUUUGUGCCAGUGCCCCUCAUGCUUCCUUUGGAAUGAUGGGAAGAGUCUUUCUUUGUUAGCAGCAGCCUUCAGCCUUUGCAGUUUUCACUUUUACUCAGUAUACUCAACUCAAUAUAACUAUUGUUUUUUCUCACCUCCAACACUACGCUUUUGUAGAAUUUGACUUUGGCGUUUAGGUCUGUAAUCUGAGUUCUAAACAAGACUAGUCUCCUAGGCUAAUGCAAAAGAACCUUUCCCUCUCUUCUGCAUGUAAGUAUACCACAUGUAUGUAUGCAGUGCCUGAGUAGGCCAGAGGACAUUGGUCCCCUGGUUCUGGAACUAGAGGGUGUGUGAGCUGUGAAUCAAAUCUAGGUCCCCUACAAAGGUAGCCAGUGCUCUUAAUGGCUGAGCCAUCCCUCCAGCUGCAGAAAACAGAAUCUAUGAGCUUGUGCACUCAGUGGGAUUAGAGAAGACACCUGCCGUGCUCAUUAAAUGUGGAGUAGCCAGGAAGGAGGAUCUCAGACAGGGAGCCACAUGUGUGUGUGACACACUGUGCCCCGACGGUUGUUCUCUGUAAUUAAUUACGCCUGCCCCUUCUGGAUCAUCAUGCAAUCUAUGCUUUCAAAAGUUUGUCUGAUAAUAUCCUGAAUCUCAAUCCUAUUUUUAAACUAUAUACUAUAUACACCUUAGAGGUACUUUAAAAACUCCUUCUAUGUUGCUUAAGAAAGAUAUUUGACCUCUUUUCCUUACUAAAACCUAUAAAUGCAUCAUGCUCUUUUCAGGAGACAUAAACCUGACUCUAAACUUGUUGGAUUCAUCUGGUUACUAUAAAUUGCCCCUUUUCUUCUGAGACAGAGUGAAGAGCUCUAGCAGGCCAGACUGGGGCAAACACAGGCCCAAGCAUGGCGAUCUCUAGCAGGCAGGACCAGGGCACACAGGCCCAAGCAUGGCAAACAUGGCACUGACGGGCUUUGCCCUUCUCGCUUCUCCUUCCACUGAGCUUAGAUCUCAUUCUGAAGCUUGCCACCAAGGUCUGGCCCCUUAUUUGGCCACUGACUCAUUCCUGAGACCAAACACCAAGGUCCAGCGAUCAGAAUUCAGUAUUUUGACUAACCUAACUAACAUACCCAACCAGAUCUUAACAGCACAUUCUAGCUCAUUCUAAGACAGAACUCCCCCCUUUUCCUCUUAAAAUUAACACUUGCAAAAUGAUUUACUGUUGUUUCUGUGUAAUUCAGAUUCAACCUUGUCUCUCUGCCUUGCUUAAUAAAAGAUCUCUUUGCAUUUGGCUUGUGCUUGGACAUAGGUGUUUGGAUGUGAUCUGUGCCUAACCUGGGGUCCAGAGGGGAGCAUCCCAUAGUACACAGGUACCAUCACACAGAUUAUAAAAUUUCAAAUCAAAAGACAUUUGUAAUGGGACUAAUUUUGAAAAAUUAGACUGAGAGACUUUUUCUUCCAUGAACAAACUUGCUUUUAUUUAUUUACUUUGAGGAAGGGUCUUACUUUGUUGCCAAUGCUGGUCUUUAACUCCUGGGCCUAGCUGUUUCAGCCUCCCGUGUCACUGGAACUCUAGGUACCAUGCCUGGCCUGAUUGCUUAAAAUAAACAAUGAAUGUAAAGGCUGAUGUAGGAGGAUCCAUAGGAAAUGGAAACAGCCCAAAUGUUCUCCAACUGCUGAGAGGAUAGUGAAAAAAAAAAAAUCACACACAUGCACACACACACACACACACACACACACACACAGUGUAUGCAGUCUGAAGCUAGCCUGUGUAAAAUAGCAAGGCCCUAUCUCAAAAAUCAAACAGAAAGAAACAACCCCACUCAAAUAUUCUUAUAUAAAAGAAAGGAAGGAAGGAAGGAAGAAGGAAGGAAGGAAAGGGAAAGAGAGAGAGAAAGAGAGAGAGAGAGAGAGAGAGAGAGAGAGAGAGAGAGAGAGAGAGAGAGAGAGAUCUUCUCUAUAAAUAACCUGUCCUGGCAGCAGGAGGCAUGUUACUUUGCCCACAGUAGGAAUUCUUUGUCUGCUGCUGCUCUGGGUUGUAAAGCAGAUGUGUUAUCACAGUAGAAGUAGUUACUUCUACUUCCUUAGGAAACAGGAGCUCUGGGGUGUCAGCACAGGGACUGGUGUGUGCAUGGCUAUUUGACAGGAGCAUCGUGGGUAGUCCUGUCAUGGGCACACUGUGCUGGUCACUCUCUCUGUGUAGAUGGUGGACAGAGGCUGAGUGGCUUGCCAAGCAGUGCUGGACUCUGAACCUCUGGCUGGACAUUUCCUUCAACUGUCACUCCUGGCUUCUGCUACUAAAGCGUGACUGUAGCUCAUAACUGGAGAGACAGCGAUCUGUGGGUUUGGGGAAGAGAAUAUACAAAAAGGUUUUCCCCUCUGCUUUUUUUUAAACCUUUGAUUGGUUUUAAAAUGAGAAGUUUUAAACAAUUAAACAAUUUGUUUAAGCAAUCAAACAAUUGUUUGUUUAAACACACAAUUAAAAAUAAAGCGAUUAAAGAUCUAUUUUAAUGCUCCCACUUUAUCAUUUUUUGUGCCAUAAUGACACAUGUAAUGAUGAUAACCAUAUAUGCAGGUAAUAUGAUUACUGUGAAAGCUUUACUUUCAUAAUUUCUGUUUUAAAGAAAGUAAGAUAAUAUUGGUGAGAUGUCCCAGACAAAUGGCCCUUUAAGGGAAGCUUCAGCUUCCUCUUUAGUCAGCUUAGAAACAGGUGACAUCACAGGCCUUUCACCCAUCAGUUCAAUCAUUCUGCAAAAUGACCCAGACACAUGGUCAUCAGAAAUACCAGACAGUGCAGGAACACCCUGCCGUGGCCUUCACAGGAGAGCCUGGGUCACAGUUCAGUCACAUAGCUGUCUAACUUUCAGGUAAUUAAAAAAGUGGGGUGGAGGAGAGAAAUCAGCACCCAACAGCAGACAAGCAGUUACAAGGAACCCUAAAAAACUAGCAGCUGCCCAGGAGCAGAGGUGUGAGCCCAGUUUACAGUAUUAAUUGUUGUUCUUUAUCCCUGCGUGUGUUGUGACUCAGUGGGGAGUUAUUGAUGGGGCUUCCUUCCUUGGAUUCACUACAGGAUGCCGCAGGAGUCUGCCCAGGUAACCUCUUCCUUGCCCCACUUGAGAUUCCGCUCAGAGCUAGGCCUGUCAUUUGCAUAGUGGGUGUGGCUCUGGCCUAUUAGUGUAGUCUUCUUUGGUCCCCCUACCCCCCCAUAAUAGUACAUUUCCAUUGCUCUCUUAUUAAAUGUAGAUCACAGCUAGGGUGUGCCUCCUGCUUUGGGAUAAAAUGUUAGGUGGGAUGCGGCCUUUUCUAAGAAAGGAUCUAACUGUGACAAACGAGGGAAGAAUCGGGGCUAUUCCAACUUUCUAGUAUCUCUGAUUUGUUGCUUAAUGUUUGAAUGUACAAUGUUUUAAAUUUGUGACGCACAUAAUAAUACUUAUAUGAAUCUUAAGAGUCCAUCACGACAGAAGAAAAUAGGACCAAGUUGAAGGAUGCAUUGGAGCAAACUAACCCUCACGGGGACUGCUCGUCCACGCUGAUCAUUUCUGCAAUUUAUUUACCUCGUAAUUACUACAUGUUUACUUAUUUAUGUUUUUAAUUUAAGCUUUUCUUACUUAUUUAAUUUUUGGGUCAUUUGCUUUUGAUAUUGUUUCUUAAUGUGGAAACUGGGUAUUUAAAAUAUUAGAGCUGUAUGGUAAUAUAGUUUUACACAUUUACUUAGUAGUAAUUUGAAUUUUUGCUAAUUUUUUUCCCUCUGAAAACUGUAGUUUUUAUGGUAUUUCUCAUUUCAGGUGCCUUGUUAAUAAAAACAUAUUAA